GCUAAUAGAAGAAGAAGAAGACGGAGGCGGGUCACUGUUAGCUUACUCUCGGACAUAUAACCUUCAUUCAAGUCGAUCCAGCGAGAAAUUAAGCAGCGAUGGAACGGAUAAGAUCGGCGUUUCACAACAUGAUGAAGAGCGAGCGCUACAGCAGGUUCACGUUGCAGCCGUCGGAGAACGGCGAGAGGCACGCCGAGGUCAACCUGUCCGACUAUGCAGCAGAGGACGGCGCGGAGGCUCCUGGGUCACCGAGCUUCAGGCCGGAACCUUUGCUUCACAGCAGGCGGACCGUCGCGUUCGUGAUCUUGGGAACCGUGAUAUUGUUUGUCGCCGGCUUCCUGAUUGGUUAUAUCAGCCAUCAAAAACCUAUGGUUGAGUCUGACUGCGGACAGAGUGUUACGGUUGAAACCGAUGGGACAAAUACAGGAAAACCCUCGCCGGCGCAGACGUUUCCUCCUCCAGAUGUCUCCCUGUCCUGGAAGGACGUCGCUCAACUCUUAACAGACAAACUCAGCAGCGAGGCUUUCAAAAAGACUCUUAAGGAAUUUGAUCUGCUCAGCCGCACAGCAGGAAGUGAAGAAGAUCUGAAUCUGGCCAACAGGAUCUUUACAACGUUUAAGACACUGGAGAUGAAGCCUUGGACAGACAUCCAUUACGUUCAGCUGCCGAUGCCAGACAGCAACAACCCCAACACUGUUUACUUUGGCUCGGAUGUCAAGCCUGCCGGAUAUUUGGCCUACAGCAAACCUGGCAGAGUUGAGGGCCGGCUGGUGUACGGAAACUACGGCCGUCAGGAGGAUCUGGACUUUGUGCAGGGCAGGGUUGACCUGAAAGGCUCUGUCCUGCUGCUGCGAGCUGGAAAGAUCACGUUUGCGCAGCAGGUGGACAACGCUGCCAGGAUGGGAGCUUCUGCUGUUCUUAUCUACCUUGAUACUAAAGAUUAUAAUUUGGUCACAGACACUGAACUCUACGGACAUGUCCAUCUUGGUUCUGGUGACCCCUACACCCCUGGAUUCCCAUCCUUCAACCACACUCAGUUCGCCCCAACAGAGUCGGCUGGCCUCCCUAAGAUCCCAGCCCAGACCAUCACCGCCAACACGGCUGCAGCUUUGCUGAGGAAUAUUGGUGGCCCUGAAGUAGAUGCCAGCACUGAUUUCAAGGGUGAACUGAAGUCUGUGACUUACAAGCUGGGCGGCACUCAGAACAUCACUGUGGAGGUGAACAACGUGUUGGUCAACAAGGAGAUCCACAAUGUGUUCGGAGUGGUCAAAGGAUUUACUGAUCCUGAUCAUUAUGUUGUGCUGGGAGCUCAGAGGGACGCCUGGGGGAGAGGUUACACCCGAGCCACUGUUGGCACCUCUGUGCUGAUCGAGCUGGCCAAUGCGUUCCAUGAGAUGGUGAAGAAAGAUGAGUUCAGGCCCAGGAGGAGCAUAAUAUUUGCAAGCUGGACCGCUGGAGAGUUCGGAAGCGUUGGCGCCACAGAGUGGCUGGAGGGUUACAUGUCCUCUAUUGACCGGAGUGUUUUCACUUACAUAAACCUGGAUGGAGUAGUAAUGGGUUGCGAAAGCUUCGUUGCCUCUGCGAGUCCUCUGCUGCACAGCCUCAUUGAGAGCACGAUGAAGAAGGUGAGCAUGCCUCGAAGUGCUUCCUCAAUGUACGAGGCGAUGGGGAAAAACAAGUGGCAGACCAGAGUACUCAGGACUAUGUCAAUGGAAGAUCCUGCAUAUCCAUUCCUGGCUUUUGCUGGAAUUCCCUCCAUUUCCUUCCACUUCAUCCCAGAAAAUACUGAGUCGUACCCUUAUUACGGCACCAGCCUGGACAACAUGGAUCACCUGAAUUACCAAACGAACCAUCACACCAGCGAGGUUACUGCCACAGCGGCGCGCUUUGCCGGCCUGAUGACUCUGCGUCUGGUCCACGACCACUUGCUGAGUCUGGACGUGAGCGGAUACAAAGGCCCCAUCACCAAAGCUGUGUCCGAAAUCUACAAGCAGGUCAACCAGCUCACACGGUCUGGUCAGCUGAAGGAUGUCAGUCCUACCUGGCUGAAUCGUGCACGCAACUCCUACUUUCGAGCAGCCGACGGCAUCUCCAACGCCAUCGCCAACACGGACUUGACGGAUAAGGAAGCGUGUCGAAUCCUGAACGACAGGAUCAUGAGGGUUGAGCACUCCCUCCUUUCUCCGUACGUAUCCGUCGUCGAGACCCCCUUCCGUCACCUCCUGCUCGGCCACGGCUCCCAUACCUUGGCGUCCAUCGCCGAAGCCAAGGACAUGGAGAAGCUCCGCACCCAGCUGGCUCUGGCCACCUGGAACCUGCAAGGAUGCGCUAAUGCCAUGGCAGGGAACUGGGACAUCGAUGAUGAAAUCUAAAGCUGGAUACAGGAACCUGUAUGCAUGUGUGUGAGAGAGAGAGAUUUAAGCCACUUGAAUGUUAAUUAUAGUGCUCCAACUUUCAAAUACCUGAAGCACAAGCUGUCCAUCAGAGAUUCCAUCAUUCAGAUCCCGGGUUAUAUUCAGUUGGUUAGAGAGGAAGUAAUGAAAUUAAAAAAACGGAACCAUAAAGACCUGAAGGUGGAAAAAAACAUCCUCUCCUACUUGACCCACACUCAACGCCUCAAAGCACUGAGACCUUAUUUAUACUUUUUUUUUAAUAUUUAUAUUUAUCAGUGGCAGUGCCCACUAUAUUUAUUGUUUUGUCUUUUUAUACAGCAUUAUCGGAAGCAGUGCCUUCCAUAAUUAUGACGGUUAUACUGUCGAAAGCUACGGCAGCAUCUGCUACAACAAUGACUCCCUAACUGUUGCUGACGAAAUGGAGCAUCGGAUAACGUUAGAAUCACACUUUCCUGGCACUUAUUUCUCUCGUUUGGUUGAAACGAAUUGUAGAAAACUGCACUAAAUUUGUAAUUGUUUUUUCUGAAUCUGAACAAUAGUCUUUCAUUACGUCAAGCUAAGAUUUAGUGAAAUAAAUCUGUGCGAAAUGGUGGCAGAAUCUGAAAUCUCGAAGAAACUAAUUGGUUUUAUAAUUUACGAAGACGUCAUUUAUGUUAAGCGGUCUACGUUGGAGCACUUAUUAGGAUCAUGACGUUAUCGGGAGCAGUGCCUUCCAUGAUUAAAACCCAUUAUCGGGAGCAGUGCCUCCCAUGAUGGCGACAUGUGACGGUAGUUUUUGCCUACCAUUUUCUGUGUAUGUUUUUGUUAGUGUGUAUUUAUCGGGAGCAGUGCCUCUCAUAUUUCACUCCAAGGGUGGAACAGCUUAUCGGGAACAGUGUUUCCCAAAGUUUUGUACUUGAAUUUUUCAUAUGUUGGGUUUAUUUUUUCUGUUAUGUGUGUGUUAGAAACAAGCUUCUUGACAUAGAUUUAGUGCAGCUGUUUUUUUCUCUGUUUUAGUCAUGUUUAGAUUUCUAAAUCGGUUUAACACUGGGUGAACGUUACCAGGAGAGGUGGGCAGUGGACCAACUGGAUUUUUCUAACUUUUGGAAAUUCCCAGGUAUCUGUGUUUAGUAGAUUUAGACUAGAGCAGCACAAUAUAUUAGCUCACAAUCGUCAUUAUGGUAUAAAUGUUUCCAAUAUCACAUUGUAAAAGGUUACUUGGGCGCUACAUGCAAAUUCUGUAUGUAUGCAUUGAUGAAUUUGGCCUGUUUGAAGGACUUUCACUCCCCGUUAAACCAAGAUGACGUGUGUUUUUGGUGACCCAGAUGUUAAAGCUUGCAAACAGUGGCGGAGACGUGGUGGUCAAGGAAAAGAAAUCGAUAUCGUCAUUCCAAAAUUCAGCAGCAUAGUCGUAUUUAUAUGGAUUCCAGUUGUCGUGCAGCUGUAAUAUAAAGUUUCGACAAGACAAAGCGAAUAGUACAUGAUGGGUUUGUGGGAUCAUAUGUUUAAUAAGAGAUGAGACAGGUAAGCCCCCUUAAUGGUAGCUUGCCACUUUUUGAGGAAAUGAUCAUAACGUAAAUGACCAGAAGUAACCAUAAGAAUCUCAAAACACUGAAGCCUUUGUUUUUUCUUCGUAAAUUAACUUUAUUAUAAAAGAUGAGUAUUGCAGUAGAAACAGGGUCACUACACAAUCCUAAAGUCUGGAAAACAAGUAUGGAAAUGACUUCUCAUUUUUAGGACCUAUUCCUUUAUGUAUAAAAUUCCUGAAAAAAAGGGGCUUUUUAAAAUGCACCUUAUUUAAAUGACAAUUUAUCUUUGAAUUGCAACAUUGAAACUUAAGGAUUCAAGUAUGAACAAGUCUGUUCACCCUUGCAUUGCUUUGGUGUGGAGCGUCUUAGGUGCUAUAUUUAGCUACACAUUUGUGAAGAGUCUCUCAACAGAAAGCCUAAUAUGUAAACUAAUGAAGCACUAAAAGGCGACUAGGUAUACUUUUAUUAGAGCUAAAUUAUUAACAUCGCAUUGUAAUUGGAGUCCUUGUUUCAUAAAGCUUCUACAGUUAUUUCCUCCAAUUUUCUGCUCUUUAAAGCGACUGCCCGCCUCUCCCUUGAUGAUUGACCAACAAUGAUCACUGAGCAAUGUUUUAGAUGCACUGCAUGUCAUCUUCAUUACACUGUGAGCCUCAUUAUGGCCAAAUGUAUUGCCUCCUAAAAACAAAUGACAAGCUACAUAUAUUCCAUGAAACAAACCUUUCUCUGCAUGCUUUUGCCUCCCAAGAUACUGUUACCUAAACUUGUUUCAAACCUUAUAAUAAGAUGCAUUAUUAUAAUAGCUGAGCCAUCUGGCUGUUGAAACUUUUUGAAGAAUGCGGUAAAAAACCAAAAACUUUCUCAUUUUAAUUUAGUGUACAGCCAGUUUUUCUGCUAUCUGGUAUACGGUGAAUUUGUCUAAAGCUCUUCAGAUUGAUGAUUUAUAUACUGUCAAAUUUGAAAUCUGUAAUGUGGUUUCAAAAUUCUUCAAUAGAAACUUAAUAAACUCUUUGGCUAAGCAUCCCCUA